GUCUUCAAUUGAUGAGGUAAUUAAAAUUUAAUCGCCAGACUUGUUUUUUCCUUUGUUAUUCAUUUCGGAGUUUAUCAACGAAACCGCUUCCUAGCGUCUGGGGAAAUAUAAAAAUGCGUCCGAAUCUUGCAUCACUUAGUACCAGAAACUCGGUCCCAGAGGCAACAUGUCCGAAUCGAGGGAGCAGUCAGCCGAGCAGUUGAGGAAUUACUACAGGAAGCACUCGGAAUUGGGUUCGGCCACGACGAGCACCGGAAAUCCGAUUCCCGAGAAGGAUUCCAGCUUGACGAUCGGUAAAUACGGACCAAUUUUACUCGAAGAUUGGGAACUUCUUGAUGAGCUGUCGCAUUUCGUGAGGGAAAGGGUUCCUGAGAGGGUGGUUCAUGCAAAAGGAGCUGGAGCUUUCGGUUAUUUCGAAGUAACCCAUGAUAUCACAGAUUUAACUGUAGCAAAGGUUUUCAAUGGUAUUGGAAAGCAGACAAGAACUGCGGUGCGUUUUUCAACGGUCGCUGGGAAUUUGGGAGCAGCGGACACGGUGCGCGAUCCUAGAGGAUUCGCUGUGAAAUUUUAUACUGACGAUGGCAUCUGGGAUUUGGUCGGAAAUAACACUCCGAUUUUCUUCAUCAGAGAUCCGGUGCUGUUUCCGCACUUCAUACAUUCGCAGAAGAGGAACCCGGUUACCAAUGUUAGGGAUUGGGAUAUGUUCUGGGACUUCAUUUCGUUGAGACCGGAGACCACUCAUCAGGUCAUGUUCCUAUUCGCAGAUCGUGGAAUUCCCGAUGGUUUUCGGCACAUGCACGGCUUCGGUUCGCACACCUUCACCUUAAUUAACAAGGACAAGAACGUCACGUUCUGCAAGUUCCACUUCCAGACCGACCAGGGGAUUAAAAACCUCGACGUCCAAAAGGCUACCAAGUUGGCCGGCGAAGAACCGGAUUACGCUCUCAAAGAUCUAUACAAUGCCAUCGCCUCGGGCGAAUGUCCAUCGUGGACUUUGCGUAUCCAAACAAUGACGCACCAGCAGGCCACAGAGUGCGAUUUUAAUCCGUUCGAUGUUACCAAGGUUUGGCCUCACGGUCUCUUCCCUCUGCGACCGGUCGGUAAGCUGGUGUUGAACAAGAACCCAACCAAUUUCUUCUCGGAGGUGGAACAGCUAUCCUUCUCCCCGGCUAGUCUCAUACCGGGAAUUUCAGCAUCUCAGGAUAGGAUGCUACAGGGUAGACUGUUCUCCUACCACGACGCUCACAUCUACAGAUUAGGUGUCAACUUCACCCAGCUUCCGGUCAACUGUCCGUUCCGAGUAACCAACUUCCAGAGGGACGGAUUGAACACCGUCAACAGUCAAGGUGGAGCACCCAACUAUCAUCCGAAUAGUUUCGGAGGACCUAACUCGGAUGAAAGAGCGAAGAAAUAUUAUCGCACCUACAAAGCGGAAGGCGUCGUGGAAAGAUACGACACCAAAGAUGAUGAUAACUUCACGCAAGCUAGAGUCUUCUAUCAGCGCGUCCUCGAUGAAGCAGCCAAAACCAGGCUCAUCGACAACAUAGUUACUGAGCUGAAGAAGGCCAACAGAGAGAUUCAGCUUAAGACCGUGGCCAAUUUCACACAAGUCGAUGCAAGUCUCGGAAAACGAAUCAAGGAUGGCUUAAAAUUAAUCUACGCUAGUCUUUAAUAAUCCCUUUUGUUGUAUAACUUAAAACAAAAAUAAUAAUAAUAAUAAAUAU